AUGACGAAGAUCAUAGGUGUUUACUGUUUUGAGCUUUCAUCAUUCAUGAAUGAGCACUGGAUGUAUACCUUUAUAAACAAAACUCAGUGUUGGAAGCUGAAUGACAGCUUCGAGCAGGUAGUUUUGCCAUUGGGAUUUGUGGAAAAAUCUCUCUUUGCAGCAAGGAAUGAAGAGUGGAAGAGACUUCGAGUCUUGCUGUCACCAGUAUUCUCCAGUGGGAAACUCAAGGAGCACCGCAUUGAUUUUCUCCAGUUAAUGAUUGAUUCCCAGAAUUCCCAAGACAAGGAGCCCUACCAAGGUCUAUCUGAUCUGGAGAUUGCAGCCCAGUCUAUUAUCUUUAUUUUGGCUGGCUAUGACACCACUAGCACCAGUCUUUCAUUUAUUAUGUAUCUACUGGCCACCCACCCUGAUGUCCAGAAGAAGCUUCAGCAGGAGAUUGAUGAGACUUUGCCCAAUAAGGCACCUGUUACAUAUGAUGUACUAUUUGAGAUGAAAUAUCUGGACAUGGUGGUGAAUGAAACUCUCAGAUUAUAUCCAGUUGUUGAGAGAAUUGUGAGAAUCUGUAAAAAAGAUGUUGAACUCAAUGGGGUGCUCAUUCCCAAAGGAACAAUCGUGGCUAUACCAACAUAUAGUCUUCAUCAAAACUCCACGUACUGGUCUGAACCUGAAAAGUUCUACCCUGAAAGGUUCAGUAAGAAGAACAAGGACAGCAUCAAUCUUUACUUACACAUGCCCUUUGGAAAUGGACCCAGAAACUGCAUUGGCAUGAGGUUUGCUCUCAUGAGCAUGAAGCUUGCUCUCAUCAGAUUACUGAAGAACUUCUCCUUCCAUCCUUGCAAGGAAACAUAG